AUGGUUAAGAUGAAACUAGCAAAGUUGCGAACUUCCGUGCCUAUCAGCGGAGCAAAUCUCUGGGAACCAGAGCUACUGAACGAAUCGUACAAAGAGACUGGACCUCGGAGUCUUUGGGUGGAUUACUGUAGCAACAGUACAAUUCAUGGAUUUAAGUACUUGGUGGGAAAUAAGCGAACUACAAUAGAGAGGGUGUGGUGGAUAAUUGUUUGCCUGCUUUCGCUGUACGGAUGUGGUAAGCUCAUACACAGUGUGUACAUGAAAUGGGAUCGUGAUCCGGUUGUUGUGACGUUUGCCGAAAAACCAGCCGCAGUGUUCACAAUCCCAUUUCCAGCCGUAACGAUCUGUCCGGAGACGAAAGUUCGCAAAAAGGUUCUUGAUUUUACGACCGCCUACCAAUUGUUUAAUGAUGAGGAGCUGUGGCAAUUUAUGGCUCAGGAGCAAAUUGCCAAACUCGAAGCUCUUCUGCAGGUGUGUGACUUCUCGUUCGGCAUAGAGAUGAACAACGAAUCAUACGCAGAUGACGUAGUGGAACUCCUGCUGCAGAUGGCCAUUCCGUUUGAGGAUAUUUUUCUGACUUGUGGUUGGAGAGAACACGUCGUCGAUUGUAAGGAUUUCUUCAAGCGAACUCUGACCGAGGCAGGAAUCUGUUACACAUUCAACUCACUGGCGGCAGAGGAUUUAAUGCGACGGGAGCAGAUGCAUACGGAGUACGAGUAUAUGGCGGAGAAUGAAACUUCAAAGCAUUGGAAUAUGGAUGAGGGUUAUAGUAGUGGAGCCGGUGGAGACACGUACCCGAGGCGGGCUUUUGGUGCGGGAAGAAGAGCUGGGAUGUUCGUCAUCUUAAAGGUCCAGAAGUAUGAUAUGGAUUAUCUUUGUGGAAACUCAUUCCAGGGAUUUAAAGUGCAUCUGCACUCACCAGUUCAGUAUCCUCGGAUGGUGAACCAAUUCUUUAGAAUUCCCUUGAGUCAGGAGGUGUCCGUCUCGGUUGAGCCGUUAGUCAUCGACACAGCACAGAAUGUUCGCCGGUACGAUCCGAAGCGACGGCUUUGUUACUACAAUCACGAGCGAUACCUGCGUUACUUUAAGGUGUACUCCAAGUAUAACUGUGACAUCGAGUGUCUCUCGAACUAUACUCUCAAGACGUGUGGAUGUGUUCCGUUUUCAUUACCUCGCACAAAUGAUGCGAGGAUUUGCGGCUUAGGAAAGGCUAGUUGUACUGACACGGCGCUCUCGGUGCUAGAAGAGAUGGACCUGCUGCACGAGCUUAAUAAGACGGAUAAUUUCUUGGAGCACUGUAAUUGUUUGCCAGCUUGUAAUGCGGUCUUCUACAAUACGGAAAUAUCGCAGGCAAUGUUCGACUGGAGGAAAUUGGCUGAAAAUAUUCAUCUUAUAGCUGGUGUUACCAACGCAACUGAGCUAUCCUACCUAUCGAUCCACUUUAAGGUUUCUCGCUUCAUACCGAUCAAACGAAGCGAACUGUUUGGCAUUAGCGAUUUUCUUGCCAACUGUGGCGGAGUUCUUGGACUCUUUAUGGGCGUCAGCAUACUGAGCAUCGUUGAGAUCUUGUACUACUGCACGCUGAAACCUCUAAUGGCACGAAGGGGAGCCUAUUCUCGGUCCGAAACGGCCAAGGUGAUCAAACCAGCGCUCAUACUUCCGCCCGAAGAAUUCGGAACGGCCGGUGGUCGUGCUCGGAAGGUCUCGAACAAGUGGUAGAGCCGCACGCCGAAAUAUUUCAAACAG